GAAAUUGCAAACUUAGCGCGAACCAUUGUCAAAAAGGCGCGCACAGCGAAUGGUAAAGUGUGCAAUAAGCAGGUAAUAAGACUCAGAAACGUUCGCGAUGUUAUUCUACUCCAGAUGAGAAAAUUCUCGACUUUUAAUCAUAUUUAUUAACGUACGAUACUAGCAAUAGAGGCGGCUAAUAAGCGCGUAUGCACACUAAGAACAGUGUUGAUAUCUGGUAUUUUAUCAUAAGAAGUGAUUACACCUGUGUAAUCGGACGUCAAGUUGUCGAUAAGAAGCUAUAUCACUAAAAUGGAUCGAUCUUCACGCGAAUCGUCAGUGGAAAUAGAAAUCGAGGAUGAUGAACUGUUUGAUGAGGUAAUAUGUAUGAACAAUAAAGAAAUUAUUCAAUCGGAACAAAAUGUCACGAAGAAUGAAGAUGAUUCAGGAAACAAUGUUUCGUGUAAUGCAGAGAAAAGCGUUGUGAUCGAAGCUGAAAAAAAGCUAAAUAUACAGAAUGAUAAAAAUUUGAGCGCACAAAACAAUGAAAUUCAGGCAGAGCCUAAAGAGAGUACAAACAAAGUUAAGUACAUAGAAUACAAAGACAGUGUAAUGAAUAAGCCAGAAGAUUCUCACGUUUGGCGCAAAAGAAUGAGACAAGAUAGUGCAGAUUACGAGAAUGUUAAGGUUUCUCGUAGCAGACGGUAUUCCAGUGAUUCUAGCUCAACCACAAAUUCAUCGGAGAGUAGCAAAAAGCAAAUAGAGUAUGAAACAGAUCCAAUUGUAUUAGCACGUAGACAAAAAGAAAUAGAUUAUGGAAAAAACACUAUCGGAUAUGAUAGAUAUAUUCAGAUGAUUCCUAAGGAGAAACGUACACGGGAACAUCCGAGAACACCGCCAAAAUAUAUAAAGUACAGCAGAAGGGGCUGGGAUGGUAUGGUAAAGUUAUGGCGAAAACAACUUCACUCUUGGGAUCCUCCUCAGGAAAAUGAUAAGACAGAUUAAAAAACUGCAAUCAUUUUAGCAUUUCAUUAAAAUACUGCCACUGGUAUCUUUUUUUUAAUUUAUAUCGCAAUUGUGUUGCUUUUUAUUUAGGCUGUUUGUUGCGUAUCGCUUCUUGUGUUUAAAAUAAUUAAAAUAAUUUAUGGUUAACAGAUUAAAAUAAAAUAU